AUGGCAAAUCUAUGGCUGAUCCUGAUAAUAGCAGCGACUAUAGCUUCAAAUGGUAUUUUGGCAAAUCCCACAGAACUGGGAAUCCAAGGACGUAUUAUAUCGGGAAAGGAAGCGGUGGUUGGCCAAUUUCCAUGGCAUGUGAUACUGAAGCGUGAUGAAUGGGAUGAUUUGUUGUGCGGUGGCUCCAUAAUUUCAGACACCUGGGUGCUAACAGCUGCUCAUUGUGCCUAUGGCCAUGAUUCGCUUUUCCUACUCUUCGGCACCGUGGAACUUGAAGAUGAGCAGGCCCUGAAUAUGACGGCCACAGAGCUUUAUGUGCAUCCCAAUUACAAUGACAAGAUGAACAACGAUGUGGCCCUUAUCCAUUUGCCCAAGCAGCUAGUGUUCACUUCGAAUGUGCAGCCCAUUCAAUUGGUAACCAAUUCGCAGGCCAGUAACACAUUUGUGGGCACCACGGCCACCAUUACGGGUUUCGGCCUGAUGGAUGACGAGUACUUGGAUUAUUCGCAAGUACUCCUUUAUGCCCAUGUGCAGGUCAUUGCCAAUGACCAGUGUUUGGCCAUCUUUGGGGCCGGAGUCGUGCUUCAGUCGACUCUCUGUUGUCAAGGCGAUGCCGGCAGCAAAAUGUCCACCUGUAGCGGCGAUUCGGGUGGUCCAUUGAUCAUGUACGAUUCGAGUUCCAGCCGCUAUGUCCAGAUUGGUAUCAAUUCAUUUGUGGCCGAGGAUCAGUGCACUGCCGGCUAUCCAUCGGGCUAUGUGCGUCUCACCUCGUUCCUGGAGUACAUCGCAGACACCACUGGCCUAGCGCUGAGUUAA